AUUGACCUUCUUCAUUUGGUUUUGGGGAAUGCAGUAAGUUAAGCUCCUCCCUUUAGCUUCUUUGCAGACACAUAGCAUUAACUGAACAUAUGGGCUGCUAACGGCUAGUGUGUGGAUGACUGAAACCUUGGUGGAUGUUUACCUUCAGUAAAUUUAUACAACUGACUUUGGUCAAGAGGAUAUACGAAUGGUCAAAGUCGAAGAAAGCUUUAAGCUACAGUCACAAGUGGAAUCGACUGGCGUUUCUUGCAAUGGGAAACAACGGUGGCCAUAAUAACAGCUUGGGUGUCCCUCCAGGAAAGGGACCCCAUCAAGUGGGAUGCACGGAUGUCAUGGUGGGCCACACAGUACAGGGGACUUUCUUUCGGCUUUACUACCCGUGCCAAGCUUCAGACAGUGCCGAAAACCCAGACUGGAUACCACGCAGGGAAUACUUCAGUGGACUUGCAGACUUCAUGAAAAUGAAUAGAACCCUGAGUGAAAGGAUUUUUAACUACCUGUUCGGAUCCUUUAAAAUCCCUGCUGCCUGGAAUGCAUCAUUUAAACCAGGUGGGAAAUACCCAGUCAUUAUCUUCUCUCACGGACUUGGGGCCUUCAGAACAGUGUAUUCAGCCAUAUGUGUCGAAAUGGCCUCCCAGGGUUUUAUUGUCGCCUCAGUUGAGCACAGGGAUGAAUCUGCCUCAGCGACUUUCUAUUACAAAGAGAAGAGUCAAGCAGAGCAGACUUCCUGUCAAACUGCCACACCCGCCUCUGAUAAUCUGGAAGAGGAGUGGAUGUACUACAGGCGACUGAAACCAGGCGAGCUUGAAUUCCCUCUCAGAAACAAGCAAGUGAAGCAAAGAGCGGACGAGUGUAUCAGAGCGCUGGACAUUCUCACUGAUAUUAAUUCAGGAAAGUCUGUGGAGAAUGUAUUGCAUUCAGGAUUGGACUUGACAACAUUGGAGAAUUGCAUGGAUUUGUGUAGGAUAGCAGUCAUGGGACAUUCCUUUGGAGGAGCGACAGUGAUCGAAUGUCUGUGCAAGGAGGUCAAGUUUAAGUGUGGCGUUGCCCUUGACACCUGGAUGUUCCCCCUUGAUGAGGAGAUAUUUCCCAGAGUAAAACAGCCCAUCUUCUUCAUCAACUCAGAAAAGUUUCAGUGGGCAGGCAACAUUAUUCGAAUGAAGAAGUUGGAUUCCGCCAUAAUUCCAAGGAAAAUGAUCACUAUCAAGGGGACUGUUCAUCAGAGUUUUCCAGAUUUCACCUUUCUGACGGGAUCCUGGAUCGGGAAGCUUCUAAAGCUUAAAGGGGAGAUUGACCCUCACAUAGCCAUGGACCUGUCAAACAAAGCCUCACUAGCAUUUCUUCAGAGACACUUAUCUCUUGAGAGAGACUUUGAUCAGUGGGACCCCUUAAUUGAUGGGAAAGAUGACAACUUGAUUCCAGGCACAAACAUAACCUUACUGCAGUCAUCAAUCUGAAUGCGUGCUGAAAUACGUUUAAAGAGCAAUCACUCAGUCAGGAACUUCAGAAAUGAAAUUUUUAGUGACUCUCACAGACAGCCUUGACAUUUAGGCUGCCUUGGAAGUCAGCACCUUUCAUGUUCUGGUGCUUGACUUUUUUUUAUUUUUUUAAACACAUAUCUAUGGGAAACCAAGUAUCUGUGGUCACUUCCUGCACACAGACUACUCAAAUCAGACCAUGCAUUAACUAAUGUUUGACUCUUUCUAUCUUGUCCUAUGUGCAUUCUACAGUUAUAUAAGGAUAAGGAUUUUUUUCCCUUUUUAAACCAUGUUUCCCACUGCAUUUAAAAUGUAAAGCUGUCCUUUACAUCUUGUUCAUACACUACAAUAAUUUGUUCUUCAAGCCUUUAUGUAUAUCCUUUUUACCACUAUUUCCCCCAAAUGGAAAGAUCAUUCUUUCCAACCAUUCUCAAUAAAUGAUUUCAUCAAAGGGAAGAUCAAAUACUAGGUUGGAGGAGAAAGGGUCGUUAAACUACAUUUUGAUAUCAGUGGUACAACAGUACACAGUUAGUGCUGUAAAAGCAGUCCUCUAUCAUGAGACAAGAUCUCUCUUAAAUUUGAGGUUUUUAAUUUAUUGCACUGCUUAUGUUGCCAUGAGAACUGUUUUGUCAAUGGUGUUUUGGGAGAUUUUCAUUAAACUACAGUUGAUAAGA